AGAGACAGAAGACAGACUAACGGACGGACCGACUAACAGACAGACCGACAGACAGACCGACCGCAGCGGGACGUUAAAUACCGGCAGCUCACCGGGACUCUGCCAGCUCUGACGCCGGGACUCGGACCUUCUCUCCUGGAUGGAGCAGCAGCGGCUCCUCCUCAGCCUCCACCGGCCGCCCGCCGUCCGCCGCCGGGACUGACGCUCCGCUCCGGUUCCUCUCUGUCCGGUUUAACGGGAGAAUCACGUUGAGAAUCGGUGCCCGGUCUCCGUCUCCCAGAAGGCCUCCGUCUCCUCCGUGACUCCAUGCGAUUCUUCAGACUCACAUUCAAGUGUUUCGUCGAUUGUUUUUGAAGGUCGCGCUCCGGUGCUCGGUGUUUCUCCGUUUUUAUUUUUUUUAUUUCCACCGUUUUUAUUUUCAGAAUUUUCCCGGUUCGGAAAGAGAAAUGUCUCCGGAUUAUUCCUAAACUGGAUUUGUUUUUUCUGCCUUUAAAAUAAAUAAAUAAAUAAAUGUGAAUUUAUUCUGUGGAGUGAAAAAAAAACAAGCAGAAGAACUGAAAUUAGAACCUGUGAGACCUGAAGGUUCUGAGAACUGAAGAACCGAAACCAGAACAAGAAGCUGAACUUUAAAGACAGACAGGGAUUGGUUCUGGAUUGGUUCUGGAUUGGUUCUGAAGCAUUAACAAGAAAAAGCUUGCAGGAAUUUAAGGGAGUUUAGACAGACUGAGAACUUGGGACGCUUGGACUGGUUCUGGACUAGAUUCUGACGGGUUCUUGAGACGCAACGAGAAACAAACUUGCAAGAAUUUAGGAAGAUUUAGACAGACCGAAAACUUGAGACCCUUAAAGACUGACUGGUUCCUGACUGGUUCUUGACAGGUUCCUAACUCGUUCCUGGUUCCUGAUUGGUUCAAGACUUGCAGCUGAUUGGUUCUUCUCUGGUGCCUGGUUCCAGACUGGUUCCUGACUAGUUACUGGUUGGUUCCUGACUGAUUCCUGCUGGUUCCUGACUGGUUCCUGCUGGUUCCUGACUGGCUCUUCUCUGGUUCCUGGUUCCUGACUAGCUACUGGUUGGUUCCUGCUGGGUCCUGACUAGUUCUUCCCUGGUUCCUGGUACUGGACAGGUUCCUGAUGGAGAAGCAGACUCUCCCGGCGUCUUCCUGUUCGCUGGUUCUCCUGGAGGAGACCAAGAAAAGUCCUCUCCUCCUGACCAAUGGCGGCGGCUACCCUCCAGCAGCGGCUAACUGCGGCCUGGCAGCGGGUUCCGGUGGCGCCGGACCGGACAAGAAAGGGGGCGUGGCCGCGGGGGCGGGGCCUGGCUACCAGGAGCGGGAAACAUGGACCCGGCAGAUGGACUUCAUCAUGUCCUGCGUCGGAUUCGCUGUCGGACUCGGAAACGUGUGGAGGUUCCCCUACCUGUGCUACAAGAACGGAGGAGGCGUCUUCCUCAUCCCCUACCUGCUGAUCGUGUUUGUUGGAGGAAUUCCCAUCUUCUUCCUGGAGAUUGCUCUGGGUCAGUUCAUGAAGGCCGGAAGCAUCAACGUGUGGAACAUCGCUCCGCUAUUUAAAGGCCUGGGCUACGCCUCCAUGGUCAUCGUGUUCUUCUGUAACACCUACUACAUCAUGGUUCUGGCCUGGGGCUUCUACUACCUGAUCAAGUCCUUCAGCUCCACGCUGCCCUGGUCCACCUGCGACAACGACUGGAACACGGCCAGCUGCAUCGAGAUCUUCCACCACCAGGACUGUAAGAACGCCAGCCUGGCCAACACCACGGUGGGCGGCAGCAACAUGACCUGUGCCGAGCUGGCCGACGGACGCUCGCCCAUCAUCGAGUUCUGGGAGAACAAAGUUCUGAACAUCUCGUCGGGUUUGGAUGAACCUGGAAACCUGAACUGGGAGCUGAUGCUGUGUCUGAUGGCCGUCUGGGUUCUGGUUUAUUUCUGUGUCUGGAAGGGAGUCAAAUCCACCGGGAAGAUCGUGUACUUCACGGCGACCUUCCCCUACGUGGUCCUCAUCAUCCUGCUGGUCCGAGGAGUCACACUUCCUGGAGCCUACGACGGCAUCAUGUACUACGUCAAACCUGAUUGGUCCAAACUGGGGGAGGCUCAGGUUUGGAUCGACGCCGGAACUCAGAUCUUCUUCUCGUAUGCUAUCGGCCUCGGAGCUCUGACUGCUCUGGGCAGCUACAACCGCUUCAACAACGAUUGCUACAAAGAUGCCUUCGUCUUGGCUCUCAUCAACAGCGGAACCAGUUUCUUUGCUGGUUUCGUCGUGUUUUCCAUCCUGGGCUUCAUGGCUGCCGAGCAGGGAGUCGACAUCUCACAGGUCGCCGAAUCAGGUACAGUCAGAGUGUCACAGUUGAGGUCUUUCUCUUUGUAUCUGCAGUUUGUCGGCGUUGAGGGUUUCAUCACUGGAAUUCUGGAUCUGUUUCCUGGUAAAUACUACCACCGCUACAAAAGGGAGAUCGCUGUGGCGAUCUGCUGUUUGCUGUGCUUCAUUAUUGACCUCUCCAUGGUGACACAGGGAGGAAUGUACGUCUUCCAACUGUUUGACUACUACUCGGCCAGUGGAAUGACUCUGUUGUGGCAAGCAUUCUGGGAAUGCAUAGUAGUUGCCUGGGUCUACGGUGCUGACCGCUUCAUGGAUGAUGUCGCUCGUAUGAUUGGCUACCGGCCGUUCCCCUGGAUGAAGUGGUGCUGGUCCUUCAUAACUCCAUGUGUUUGCAUGGGCAUCUUUCUGUUCCACCUGGUGAACUACAAGCCGCUGACCUACAACAACGACUACGUCUAUCCGUGGUGGGGGGAGGUGAUCGGCUGGUGUCUGGCUCUGUCUUCCAUGCUCUGCAUUCCCGUCAGCCUUCUCUACAAACUCUUCAGAGCCAAGGGAACCUUCAAGGAGCGCUGGACUCACCUGACCACGCCGGUGUGGGGCGCCCAUCACCUGGAGUACAUGGCCCCCGACAUCAAGUCUCUGAGCUCCAUGUCUCCCGGCACCGACGACAACAAGGUCAUCAUCUUCGAGAGCGUCAUGUAGCCGGACUCCAUCCAUCCCACCUCCGACACCACCAGGCUCCAUGGGCUCCACCGAUUGGUUUAUCGUUACCAGGGCGACCAAAGCUGCGGAUGUUUUUAUACCUGUCAAAGAAAAAUAUGGAAUAAAGGGAUGAGGCAGCUCCUCCAGAACGACGAAUGCUUCCUUCUUCCCGCAAGAUUUGUGAUUAAACCUGCAGAUUUCUGGGUUCUUUAAAUGUACAGUGCUUCGAUUUUCUCUAAAAGGAAAUCUUAUCGACUAAUUAAAGGAUUAAAUGUGGUUAAUCCUAAAUUUUUCACAAACUCUGGAGGGGCUGAGGAAGUCUCACUGUGUUCAAAACCAAGUCGGAGGUUGGGCUCCCUCCAUUUUGGACGAAGGGUAUCGAUGUAAUCUUGUCUCGGGGUCGGGGGGUGAAACAUGCAAACCUUAGAAACCUGAUGAACAGCCGUUACUCACAAUAUCAUCAUCUCAUCACUGAACACAGGACUGUUGCUUGCAGAUUCUUUUUUUUAGCUGAUAUUUGGCGGCAUCUGAGCUCAGAUGGUUAAAUGUAAACCAAUAUCCAUGGAGUAACGGCUGUUUAUGGAGACAGAGUUCUAGACAGACAGACUGACUGAAGUAAGAAUAGUAGCAGAGGUCGUUUGCUUCGUAACAGUUUUCAGUCCUGCAGUCAAACAUUCAACAGCAUUAAGGGUUUAAUUUGUGGAAUAAAAACCUUCAGCUUAGUUACCAGGAAGCUUGUAGGAGCAAAAGUUCCCUAGGAACCUCUGAAGACAUGAAACACAGUUUGGCAGCAGGACUGAAGGUUAAAAGAAGGUAAAACUUCCUGUUAUGGAGCAACCAGAUGGUCCAUAAACUCACCACACUGCCAGGAAACAGAACUGAAAGCGUCUUCAUGUUGACACUGCAGUCUAGAUGGUUCUUGGUGUCACCAUAUCUGAACAAGUUCCAAAAUUGAAUGCUUUGAAUCACCAGCUGAUCCAGAACAGUUUAGACUCCUGAGCGCCGUUGUGGUUCUGCUGACCGCUGAUCUCCGAUCUGUUUGAUUCACUCAGGCGACGAUAGAUCUGAUGCUCGAAGGACGGUUUCAGUUAGAAUUCAGUCGUAUAUUUAAAAAACAAGAAGCUUUUUAUAUCUGGUUUUACAAACAUCUGUUGUGAUCAGAUGUCCGGUUUACUUAAUGAAAGAACAAACUUGUUUUUACCAGAGAUUUCAACCCCAACAUGCGAUCUUCUUCAGUAAAAUCAGCCUUUAAGGUUUGUGGUUAUUUUGUAAUGAUUGGUAGCAAACUAAAAAAAAUCUCAAGAUCUCGAAGUCACGAAAACCAUCCCGUAAAAAGCUGUAAAACUGAAUCACACCGGAUCGAACCGUUAACCUUCACAGCCUGCGUGAGAUCAGGUCGGCUCUGCUUCCCCCGGGUCGACUCGAAGUGCCAAACGUAGGGCUGAUCCCAGGCGAUUCCAGGGCUGAUCCCAAGCGAAUCCAGGGCUGAUCCCAGGCGAUUCCAGGGCUCAUCCCAGGCGAUUCUAGGGUUCAUCCCAGGCGAUUCCAGGGCUGCUCAUCCCAGGCGAUUCCUGGGCUGAUCCCGGGCGAUUCCAGGGCUCAUCCCAGGGCUCCAGGCUGCCAAUGCUCACUCUUCUCUGCCUCAUCUUGUCGGUCUCACCGUCGCUGUCGUCCUCCAAAUGAAUGUCGCCUCCUGAAUCACCGACGGUGGCAGAUUCUCUUGAAAGUUUGUACAUCAACAAUAAGGUUAACUCUCUGAACUCCAGGCAGUGUGGGCUUUCUGUUCUUCUGACACAAAUUUUUCUUUUUACAUUUCUCUCCUAAACACAGCCUGUAGUUCAACCAAACAUUCAUUGAACUUUCCCAUGACUGAGUUCGUCAAAGCUUCUUCAUUGUGCAAAGUUAAAAAUCAAACCAUACAUUCUGUUUUAAUGGUUUCUGGCUAAAUGGUUUAAUUUUAGCAUCUUUUAAAGGUCCCAUGCCUAUGUUUGGAGUUCAGAGAGCUAAAGUGUGAUUAUUUUAAAGAAAACCUUCAUGGCCAGGUUUAGUCUCGGAUACUAAACUGAUGUCUGGUUCUGUCCUUCACAUUUGAUGUUAAGAUCUCGGCAUAGAAAAGUUAAUCCCAUUUACAAACUUACUCUCUGAAAGAAAAUCCAGAUCAUCACAAACCUGAGCCACUGAGCAGAAAAUAAAAUGUAAUUUUAGAGAAAUCCUUCAAGUCUUAACACUCAGAAACAACUGAAUCAACUAAACUCUUAAAAACAGAACCUUCACUGGUUUUACAGUUUUGCAGAAAUUAUCUGCAGGCAUCGUAUUCAUUAGCUGCCCCAGAGCAUGAAUAACUUUAAUUGGGCAAUUACCUGCCAUCAGGUGAGCUGAUGGAGCGAUGAGAGCUGGAGGACUCAGCUUGGUGCCAAGCAUUGCCUUACGUCGUUGUCUUAACUCUAGAGCCCACAUCAGUUGUGUAGCCAAACCCAGAACCCUACAGGACGUCCUGUGUACGGCUCUGGCCUGAACCCAACCAAUCAGCAGUCUGCGGGGGCGUGUCUACAACUCUGUCUCCUAGCAACCACUCAGCAUCCACCUAUCAUGGGAAACAUAAUGAUUAGAAUGUAAAAUAUGUGAAAAACUACAUACAUUUGCACAUUGUUGUAAAAUAAUGUUGCUAGCACUUUUUAAAAAAAAAUCGUGUUAGAAGUUUUCUUUUACAUAUUGUAAAAUGAAUCAGAGAUUUAUUUUGUGGAGGCUUUUAUUUUGCUGAUACAUAAAAAUAUGACAAAAUAUAUAUAUAUUGAAUAUCUGUGUGUGUUAUCUGUAUUUGAUGCAGUAUGUAAUUGCGACAAUGAUGACGGUGAUCUUUGGCUGACUGUUCACAUUUGGCGGCGAAAACGAGCAAAGCGACGGCGGCCAGUCGAGCUUCAGGCUACCUCACGUCUCAUUCAGACUCCAAACCAGUUCAGUUUCUUAUGCAAACGUUUAACCAGCGGCUGUGAGCAUGUUGCAGCUUUAAAGGUUCAUAACAUCAACGAGCAGAUUUAAAAAACAGUCAGGUUCGAUACUAAAGUGGGACUUAAAGUCACAUAUCCGAGUCCCUACAUGAUGAUUAAACGUUGUGGUGCUGUGAGGCCUCAAAGCAGGCGUCUGCCGGCUGAUGUGAACAAGCGGCGAGCAGUGCUUCCUGGUUGUGGGUUUUGCUGCGAUGUAGUGAUAUUAAGGCUGUCAAGGCUUCGUGUGGCUCUGAACACACUACAAAAGGGAAUCUCUUUGUUUUCUUUUUUUGACUUCUAAUGUUCAAAGUGCUCAAGUGUUUAAAGAGUUUUAGCUUUAGCUGAUGUUAUUCUUUUUCUCUGUGUGUUUUACUGAACGUCACUCAGACCUCCUCAUGGCUCGAAUUCUCAUGUUAUUAUUCGGUCCGCUCGUCCCUUUCCAUUCCUUUCAAGAUCAUUUUCAUUUUGGCAGAUGGAUAAAAUACAUUUAAACCUGAAAAGCGGCUGAAGAACUGCCGACUGCGACUCUGCCAUUUCAAAUAAUUGGAAAACUCUUCAGUUUGUUCUGUCUGAGAAGUUGAACCGAUGCUGAAACAGGGAGGAUAAAAUGCUGGCUAGCGUCUCCACAGCAUGCAGUAGUAAAGCUACAGCUACCUCAGGACAGUCAGUCGGUCCAUCUGGACAAACAUCUGCAGUAAAAACCAACUGCAAAUCCCAGCUAGCAGCGGGAGCUUCCAGACACAACAAAAACACAACAGUCCCUGCUGUCAGCUGAAUCUGCCAUGAUAAAAUAUAAAAACUGAAUUUGAUUUAUUUCAGACUCAGACAAAAAAACAAAACAAAACAUGAGACCAAACACUGAAACCGACCUGAAUCUGGUUUCUGUUUGACUCUCAGCCAAUCAGAGCCUCUGUUGGCUUGAAGCCUCAUUCAGGCUGGACGAAUGUCGUGAGGAAAUAAAAUUGUCACUGUGCUUCUCUGUAAUUUAAAUCCUGUUAAACAGCUGGGCAGUAAUAGACAGGACAAAGAAAAGUCCAAAAUCAUCUUUGGUUUGAACAAAAUAAGAACUGCUAAUGUAGACGCAACACCCAACUGAUCAAUAUAAAAAAAAAAUCAACUUGAUGAUGAGGCUAACUAAAAAGAAAAAUCUAACAAGAAAGUGUUUUUUUUAGAGCAAGCAACUCUGGCCUAUAUUAUUCUACCAUCAACCACUGGAUCCAAAGAUGCCAUAAGCAUUUUUUUAUGCUUUGCGGUUGUGAAGAUCUGAGACAAAACAAUAUGCGAUAUUUGACAGCUUGUGUCUCAACACAUAGUGGUGCUGUUGGAACCAAUAUUAGAUAAGUGAGGCACUGGCCUAUGGGGGAGCUGUCCACAAAGUUUCAGUGCUCUAGCAUUUACAGUUUUAGAGAUAUUCAGCAUUGUUCAGCGGUUUCAAUAACAAUAUCGAAUGUAAAGUACAGCAUCAUCAGUGUAAAGCUUUAGUGUAAAUUAAAAUCACUUUCGUUCUCAGUCUCAUAACUCAGCCAAAUCUCAACUCACACACAUGAAACAUACAUGUGUAGAUUUGGCGUGAUCUCCACUUCCAGAGGAUGUCUUUAUCUCUGCUGUGUUUCAAAAGAGAACUCCUAAAAUACACUAAAAUUACGCUCACAGUAACUGAGAAUCUGAAGUUUUCAGUAACAGUUUUCUGUUCAUCCAUAAUAACCUGCAGACAGGAGCUUCUAACAGGAAGUGCUGCUGCUAUUAAUGGGACAGUUUGAUGAAAAUGAAAACAGAUCAAGGCUUAAAACACAACUUUCAAGAUUUUGGCUGCAAAUAAAAUUAAAAUUACAAGAGAAGCAAACCACCAAACCUUCCCAACUGACUGAAUCCAGCCUGAAUGGGGCUAAAGGAGGAUAGAGUCCAGACCAGUCGAUCGAUUCCUCAAAUCCUUCAUUCUUUUCGAAUUCAAAUGAGAAUGCAACAAAAUCUAAAUGGUUAGAUAUCACAAUCAUCUUCUCAUCUCCUGUUUUUGAUUUGAGCAUAAAUUAAGCACAAAAUGUUUCUGAUUGUUGUUGGAUUCAUAAAUGAAUAAUUAAAAUAUGAAAAAAAGUGAUUAUUUAACACCACAGGUUGACUCCAUAGUAGCAAAGGUCUCAUCCCUUAUUUCUGACUUUUAAACAUCAGCUGUCAGAAUUAAAUCCUAAUUAUUUGGAUGUUUCUCUCGAGCCGGUUUGCUGAUCAGCUGGUCUGGAGGAUUAAAGUUUUGAUUUAAAACAGACAUGAGUGUGAAUCAGCACUGAUGCGUAUAGAGAUUAUUACUCAGUACUGAAACUAGUGCCACAGAAAGCUGCUGUUCACUAAUAAAACUAAACAUAUUUUAUAGAAACAUUGAUUCUGAUCUAACUGACAUCUUAAAAUCUUUUACUUUUUAACUUUUUUUAUGUCUCAUCGCCGAACCGGAGCCUGGGAGGGUAAGAGGAUGGGAAAAAAAUCUGCAGCCAUUUACUGCAAAAGAAAAUAAGAAAAAUGAAUAUGUACGUUACCAAAAUCUGAUGUUCUUUCAUGUCAUGUUGUCCAUGUGCUCUUCUGCCAAAAACUCCCGUUGUGACAGUAUCUUUCAUCCAAAACUGUGAGCAGAAAACAAGAUUUACAGAAAGAAAACUGCUGUAACUCUAUCAAACCUGUACUGCUGGAUUACUGUACACUGAUGUGCUGUUUAAGGUGAUUGUUUGUUCUUUUUUUUAAGGGUUUUGAAUUCUUUUUAUUCCUCACUCAGGCUGGAGACAAACUGAUACGUGUUUACAUGUAUAUGGACAGAAGAUUUUGUAAAAUCAACACAUCUGCUGAUAUGUAUAUAUAUAUAUAUAUAUAUAUAUAUAUAUAUAUAUAUAUGUAUGUAUAGAUAGAUCUAUCUAUCUAUCUAUACAUAUAUAGAUAUAUAUAGAUAUAUAGAUACAUAGAUAGAUUGAUUUGGAUAUCACAAAAAAUGAGUAAACCUUAUCUAUCCCAAAGGAAAAUCUGCAUUAUUUGAAGAAGCUGCAUUAAUAGAUUUUGUUUUUGGAAGAGAAAUCCUUUUUUAAAGCAUUUUUUAGCUUCCAAAACAACAGUGUGAUGUUAGUUAGCUGUUUGCUAACAUGUUAGCAUCAUCUGCGUUUUAAGCUAACAGUCAUAGUAAACAAAUAAACAAAAACUCUCAAUGCAGCUUCAAGGUUGAAUCAAACAUGAAAUAACCUCCAAUCAGUUUUUAAUCACCAGUAAACCCAUCAUCAGUCUGACUCCAGCCAAUAGUCACGCAGUUAACAGUGAUGUCACAGUGACAUCACAGCUGAUUUAUGGGAUGCUGUGAACUGAAGACGCUAUGCAAAGAUUCAAACUGUGUGUUUUCUGGAGGAAUGAUCGAACGUUCAGACAACUGAAUCGACCCGAUAGUAUUUUUAGAGAGCAAAUAUAAACCAAAAGCGUCCAUCAGUGGUGAAAAAGCUGUUAAACAGCAUUAAAGAGACAAAAUUUACAGAAUUUAAAAAGAACUACAGCAAAUAAAUAAUAAGAAAGAUCAGAAAAGUUUUUCUGUGGACAUGCAGAGCUGCUGUUGGUGUUUUAUGACCUCAGUGUUUCUAAAAUCCUGCUUCAGAUGGCAAAUGUUUGUGAUCUAAAUGUCGUCUGUCUGAUCGGCAGCUUUCGAUAACUGAUACUGUCGGACUUCAGCUGGUUUCCUUCGGUGUUGAGCGUCUGUUUCCCAGAAUCCUCCUGCUGUUCUCAGACCAGCUUUUACUUCAUAUUCCAGCUUCACUUGACUGCUUCGACUAACAUGAUCAGUGAUUUUUUGCCAAAAACAUUGCCAAAAUGUUUCUUUAACAUCCAAAUAAACUAAAGCUAAGGACGCUAAAGGGAAUAUGGGAAGAGAUUUUGGUUUCUUUCUGUUUUUUCUUGACACAACAGGUAGAUUUUCUGGGAAUGAAAUGCGACAGGUGCUACAGAAAAGCAACCAAAAAUAUCACGACAUGAGACGAGCUUUGAGAAGCUGAGCUCAGGUCGGACGCUGCAGCAGCGAACCAGCAGGAGGCGCUCUGAUCCGCUGGAAACCAGAGUUUAGGUUGGAAACAGAGACUGAACGGACAAAAAACAGGUUAGACGAGGAAAUGAGUGGAUGAAAAUGAAAUAGUGACAACAUAAACCAUAACGAGGAAUUAUAAAACUAAGCAAUCGUCCAAUCAUAGUCCUGGAGCUAAAAGUUGGUGAACUUUGAAUUCAUCAGGUCGACACAAACACAACUUCCAAAUAGGUCCCUAACUAACAGCGACUUUUAGGGCCUAAAUAAACACUAAAAACAGAGUGUUUGGUUUAUGUUAGCCGUAACUCCAGUUUACAUUAGAGUUUAAGUCACUUACAGCUAAAAUGUUGGAUUUCCCCAAAGAAAAGUCCAGAAAAUCAUUUAAAAACACUCCAAAGCAGCACCUCAGGAUCCAGGUCUAAACUAAGACUGCAAACCACUGGGUAGCUCUGGAAUAUAUGCUAACACAUCUGGCACAAGCUAGUGCUAGCUUUAUAUUGACUAAAGGUUCAUUUUCAGAAGCUACAACGGUUUAGCUGUAAUUAGCUGACAGGUUUUAUGAAUGCAAACUUUGCUGAUACAGCUAGCUAACGUUUACGUUAGCGAGCCUAAACAGUUCAAGUCCGGUUAGGCUAGCAAUCAAAGCCGCUGAGGAAAAAUCAGCUAGCAGGUCAAACACUUUAGUACAACAGCUGGCAUCAGCUAGCUAACAGGCUAGGCUACCAAAACAACUUAAAACAACUCAGGCCAGGUCAGCUAGUGGCUUAGUUUUACCAGCUAACACAGUUAAGUUCUAGUUAGCUAGUCAACUUGGCGGUAGCUAACAGUUGAGGUGUUAGCAGCUGAAACUGAUGAAUUCAGACAGUUCAGUUUAUCAGAUUUAAUAUUUUAAAUCUGGACUCCAACAUGUUGAUGAAUCUUUAUCAAACUUUAAGUCAACGUAUCUGAGAAAGAAUUUCUAUUUGUUAUUAUUUCUAACUUUUCACAAGACAAAAAACUGAUGUUUUAUCUUUAUAACGUCUUGUUUUGGUGCUGAAAGGUGUUUCUGUCACGUCUCAGUUUGAGAAUAACUCCAUCUUUGUUUCCAGCCCAAACUCUAAAUGCUACCUGGUGACCUCAUUCAUCCCAGCGUCGGCCAUGUUGUUGUAACCGUGUCUCUGUGACUUUGUGGAAACCGCCGUCUUCCAUCCAUAACGUAGAUUAAACAAUCGGUUUGGCGAUUGAUUAGCUGAACAAGUAGCUGUGCUAACAGUAGUAGCGAACUUCAGGGCUCCACGUUGAUGAGUCACCAGCCAAAAAGUUGCAGAGUUGAUGAUGAAGAGUCGACUUUGAGCCCUGAUGAUGUCACCUGUGUUCCAUCUCCAUGCUGUGAUCACUGUGCUCAUUCACACUGACUAAACCAACGGCAAUAAAACUAACAUCAUGACAAACAGUU